AUGACGGAAUCCAGUCGACUAAUUCCCAUACAAAUCCAGCCAAAGACAAUCUAUGGCUUCCGCUCGGACAUUGUGGGCAACAUUCACUUCACGGCGCGUGAGGAGGUGAUUUAUCCAGUGUCAGGAGUUCUCGCGUUCCACAACUACGCCACCGGAAAGCAGAAGUUCCUGCGCCUGCCGGAAAACUGCGAAAUCAACAUCGUCACAAUAAGUCCGAGCAGAAAGAUGCUGGCGAUUGCGGAGAGGAACGCCCAAAAGGCGUACAUCAACAUCUACGAGAUCGGCACGUUCAAGCGGCGCCGCACCAUCAGCUUCCCCAACGAAAUCGCGACGAAGGAAGUGGCCAGCAUGUCCUUCACAAACGACUCCAAGGGAUUCGCCAUUCUGUCCAGGGAGCCAGACUCACAGCUCAUCCUUAUGUUCUUCGACAAGACCGAGUCCACGGUGAUCGGCAGAGUGUCACACAGCACGCAUCAGCUCGGCGUGGCCAGGUACAUUUCCUGCAAUCUCUCCGACACGGGAAUGGUGGCAAUUGGCGGCGACUAUGUUUUCAAGGUGCUCAACAAGACAGAGAAGGGAUUCGCGCCCGUGGGAACGAUCAAAGGCGAUGGAGUCGUUGUGACUUCCCUGGCCUGGAUCACGGGAGAGAUUCUGUUGGCGGGAACGGCAGAUGGAGAUCUGCUGUUGGUGGAAAAUGGAGACUUGAAGAUCACAUUCGACGCCACGGAAGUGGCUUUUCUUGACCUGACCAAGAUUGCCGACGACGAGGGCGAAGACGGGCGAAAAGAGGCGCCCACGAUGACCCGGAGGAAACCUUCAAUUGGCGAAAGCAAGAAGCCCAAUAGAGAAGUCGCCUGCCUCACGCACUUCUCCACGGGCUUCUGCUACGCGCUGCACAACGUCGUACACGUGUUCGAGAAGGAGUCCAACUACAAGUACCAGAAGAAGAGCAUCAUCAGCAUCCCUGUGACGCUGUACGACCGAGAGUUGUACAAAAUCGCUAAUGUGGCGAUCAAUCAAGCCCAGGACACUGUCAUGGUGUCUUGUGCGCACUCGCAGAUCUACAUCGGGCAGUUGUUUGUGCCCGAAAGCGUGACCGUGAACAGCCUCGAGUUCCGGACACUCGGCGAACCGCUGCACAUCGCACGGAUCGUCAGUCUGGCCGUGUGCAUGUGGAAGCCCAUCGUGGUGACGAUCUCUGAGGACAAGACGGUGCGUGUGUGGAAUUACGUCACGGGCAGAGUGGAGCUGGUGAAGAAGUACUUGGUGAACAUCACAGUGAUCGCUUUGCAUCCCUCUGGGAUCUUCGUCGCGUUAGGUUUCUCAGAUCACCUGAGAUUCAUGGAAAUCUUGCUGGACGACCUGAAGACUGUGAAGGAGUACAACUUCCCGAAGUGCAGAGUCGCUGUGUUUUCGCACAAAGGACACAUGCUAGCCGUAUCCUUUGAGAGCACCAUCGAGAUCAUUUCUGUGUUCUCAUUCGACAUCAUUCAGACGCUGAGGAGCCACAACGGCAUGAUACUGAGUCUCAUGUGGGCUUACGAUGACAUCCAUUUCCUCUCUGCUGGUCAGGAUGGUGCGAUCUACGAGUGGAAUGCCAUCACGGGUGAGAGGAUGAACGAAGUGGUGCAGAAGGAGAUUCAGUACCGCUCCUUGGCAGUCACUGGUGAUCUCAGUGCGGUUUAUGCCAUCACAAACUCUGGCGUCCUGCGAGAGAUUUGCAAAUCCGAAAUCGUGCGGGAGACAAAGAUUCCCGAUCUGCCGCCUCUGACUUGUCUCACACUCGCGCGAUCGGAUCUCGUGAUGUUCAUUGCAAGCGAACAGGGGCACAUCUUCAACGUGCAGCUGCCGUUCAUGGAAACUGGCGGCGGAACUUGCACCAAUUAUCGCUUCUUCAGCAGCUCGAUCACUUGCAUGAAGAUCACGAAUGACGACGCGCUACUGAUCAUUGGUGCGGACGAUGGAACGCUAGCGAUUUGGGAGAUUCUCAACAAUGAGGGCAAGAAGGCGCCCGUUGAUGACGAAUUGGGGAAGUGCGUGGAUGUUCUGAUUCCCAGAGAAGAGCUCCUGGAUCGUCUGAACGCCAUCACUUCGCUGGAGCAGCGAAUGGAUCAGCAAGCGGACGAGUACGAGUUCCAGCUGAAGAGGAAGGACGAAGACUACACCAAGCAGAUCGCCCAAAUCCACGCGGAGUAUCGCGAGAUUAUCGAGGAUCUCAAGGAUAAGAAUAGGAAGCUUGAGGCUGACCACAUUGAUGAGAUCAACAUCAUUACAGCGAGCAUCGCAGAGCUGAAAUUCGAGCACCAGAAAGCUCUAACUCUGCUCGAAACUGAUUUCCAUCAGAAGAUCAUCGUUGAGUACGAGAAAACGAGUCAGGUGAAGAAGCUCAUGGAGACCAUGAAGGAUGACUACGAAGUGAAGCUGCGGAAGACAGCUGGACAUUUGCAGGACACCGUUCAGUCACUGGAGACGGACUUCAGGAAGCAGCUGGACGAGAGACAGACGCUGAUUAAGCUGCUGAUUAAGGAUGCUGAGGAGAAGGGAUUGGAAUUCAAAGAGUACAGCGAUCAGGUAACGAUGGAAAACGAGCGGAAAGUGGUGAACAUGACUGUGGACUAUGAGAAGAAGAUCAAACACGAGCAGCAGAUUGGCAACAAGUGGCGAGGAGAGGCGGGAGUGCUGUCGAAGAAGUACAAUCUUAUGAACAAGAGCAAUAAAAAGCUGAAGACAGAGAUAGAAACGGUCACGGAGGAGCACGAGAGGCUUAAGGAGAACAUCCAGCAGCUGGAGAACACAAUUCAGGAAAUGGAGACAACAAUCGGAGCGAAAGACAAUGUCAUUCGGGAUCGAGAUCACCAGAUUUCGGACCUUCAGGCGCGUCUGAGGGAGAAGAGCGCCAUUCAAGAGGCUCAAGAGGUGAAAUUGAAAGAGUUGAACGCCCAAAUAGAGCCCAGAGAUGAGGAGAUCAGAAUUGGGAAGGAUAAGAGAGUUAGCAUGGAAAUCGAAAUGCAGGCGCUGCAGCGGAAGAAUCGCAAUCUUGAGCACAAACUCAAGGAACUCAAUGAGAAAUACAUUGGAAACACGAUUCUCUUGAAGGCACAGCUCAAAAGAUCCCAGACUUUGCAAGCUAAGCUCUUCCGGAUGUCAGGCGACAUCGCUAAAGCUUCCGACAUCAUUCAAGAUCCGCCCAAACUUAAGGAGUUGGCGAAAAAAUUGCUUGACAAGUACACGAAAGACUUCGAUCCUGAGCAAGUUCCCCCUGCUGAGGAGGCCAGAAGUCUCUCGGGCAGAACUUCCAAGCUGUCAGCGCGAGUGAGAAAGCCUAGAGAGUCAGACGAAGCGAAGAAACUUCUCCAGCAAAACAUGGAGCUCAUAAAGAACCUGGAGACUCUGAGGGCGGAGUUGAAUGAUUGCAAAAGGAGGAAUCGUCGGAUGGAGAGCUUUCUGGGCAUUCCCGGACACCCAAUGCCCAGACUGGCACGUGAGAGAUACGAAAAAGCUCUGGCGGACUUUGACGAGAUCGAUCGCCUCCAUCGCGAGGAGCUGGACGCCCUGCGGCUGAUCAUCGAGGAACUGGAGCGGCGCCUGGUGUGUGUCAGUGAAGAGUGACGGCGGAC